AGCAUCAGGAUGGAAGGGAUCUUCAUUGGUGUCUUGUGUCUCUCAGGGUGCCUCACCUUCUCCACAUGCCUCCUCCAUCAAUACCACUUUGUGUCUGAAGCAAAGAAUUGGACUGAAGCUCAGCGCUACUGCAGAGAGAAGUACACAGACCUGGCCACUAUUGAAAACACUGAAGAGAUGAAGAAACUUAAUGACACAGUUUCUGUCGCUGGUCACAGCUCUGAGGUUUGGAUUGGCCUGUACAGUCAUAUUGACUGGAAGUGGUCAGAUGGGUUCAACCAGAGUGGAGCUGAAUAUAGGAAGUGGGAGCCUCCUGACCCCAGUAAUUCCAAACCCAUCAAUGAGCUCUGUGUGAUCCAGAUCAAAUCUGGAAAUUGGUAUGAUACUGAAUGCCAUGAACAGUGUCCAUUUGUCUGCUACAACGGAACAUUAGAGGAUUCUGACUUUGUGCUAGUGAAUACAUCAAAGAAUUGGACUGAGGCUCAGAGGCACUGCAGAGAAAACUACACAGAUCUGGUCACUGUGAGGAACGACACUGACAACUGCAAGAUAUGUAACUUGAAACCCCAUGGCAAUCGGGCAUGGAUCGGUUUGUACAGAGAUCCUCAGAUUUACUGGUCCGACGGGAGUAACUACUCAUUCAGCUCCUGGUAUCAGGGUUUCAACCCACUUGGCUUGAUGAAAGUCGUAUGUGGUGUUGCAGAUUUGGAGCAGGGAGGGAAAUGGAGGUUAUGUUCCUGUGAAGAAAGAAAACCAUUUGUCUGCUACAGCAUGGAAAUGCGGUGCCUCACCUUCUCCACAUGCCUCCUCCAUCAGUACCACUUUGUGUCUGAAGCAAAGACUUGGACUGAAGCUCAAAGCUACUGCAGGGAGAAGUACACAGACCUGGCCACUAUUGAAAACACUGAAGAAAUGAAGAAGCUUAAAGACACAGUUUCUGCCACUGGUCAGAGCUCUGAGGUUUGGAUUGGCCUGUACAGUCAUAUUGACUGGAAGUGGUCAGAUGGGUUCAACAAUAGUGGAGCUGAAUGUAGGAGCUGGAAUGGAAAUGACCCAAACUAUGAAGCAGCCAAUGAACUCUGUGUGGUCCAGACAGAGUCUGGAACAUGGUAUGAUAUUAAAUGCCAUGUAGAGAUUCCAUUUGUCUGCUACAACGGUAAUAAUGUGCUUUAUAUUGAUCUUUACUAUACAACAUAAUCUAUAAGAUAUGGUUUUGAAAACCAUUGUGUGAUCUCAACAAUCCCUUUUUUGUUCUCAAACUUAACUGCAGGAACAUUAGAGAAUUCUGACUUUGUGCUGGUGACAACAGCAAAGACUUGGUCUGAGGCUCAGAGGCACUGCAGAGAACACUACACAGAUCUGGCCACUGUGACGAACGCCGCUGACAACAACAAGAUAAAGAACUUGAUAACACCUC